AUGGCAAAUCAAAUUGAACAUCCAAGUGGUGGCUAUAGGAAGUUGUUUGAAACAGUCAAGGAAACUGCUCAACCGCUGCCAGCCUGUGUUAGAGGUGCAGUUCCUUCUUGGUUAAAGGGUAGUCUUCUACGAUGUGGUCCAGGUUUAUUUGAGGUAGGCUCCGAGCCAUUUUAUCAUCUAUUUGACGGACAAGCUCUUCUUCACAAAUUUGACUUCAAGAAUGGAGAAGUCACCUAUUACAGACGGUUUAUUCAAACCGAUGCUUAUGUGAGGGCCAUGACUGAGAAACGAAUAGUAAUCACUGAAUUUGGUACUUUUGGUUAUCCUGAUCCAUGCAAGAACAUCUUCUCCAGAUUUUUUUCCUACUUUGAAGGUAUUGAAAUCACUGACAAUGCUCUAGUAAAUGUGUAUCCCAUUGGAGAAGAUUAUUAUGCCUGCACUGAAACCAACUACAUCACAAAGAUCAACCCAGAAACAUUGGAAACAAUACAAAAGGUGGAUCUUUGCAACUAUUGCGUAAUCAAUGGUGCAACUGCUCAUCCUCACAUCGAACAUGAUGGAACUGUCUACAAUAUUGGCAAUUGCUUUGGGAAAAGGUUUUCUUUUGCGUAUAAUAUUAUCAAAAUACCUCCGCUGCAGUCAGAUAGGCAAGACCCAUUGAGAAAAACGGAAGUGGUUGUCCAGUUUCCAUGUAGUGACAGAUUCAAACCAUCCUAUGUACACAGUUUUGGUUUGUGUGAAAACUACAUUGUAUUUGUGGAGCAACCAGUCAAAAUUAACCUCUGGAAAUUUCUCUCAUCAUGGAGCGUGCGAAGUACUACCUAUAUGGAUUGCUUUGAAUCAAAUGAUUCGAUGGGAACAUGGUUCCAUGUUGCAAACAAGAAGACUGGUGAAUACCACAACAUAAAAUACAGAACUUCAGCAUUUAAUAUUUUCCAUCAUAUUAACACUUAUGAAGAUAGUGGCUUUAUAAUUGUUGAUGUAUGCUCCUGGAAAGGGUUUGAGUUUAUAUAUAAUUACCUGUGGCUUGCCAAUUUACGUGAAAACUGGGAAGAACUUAAAGUGAAUGCAAGGAAGGCUCCUCACCCAGAAGUUAGAAGAUACGUUCUACCAUUGGAUAUAAACAAAGUUGAACAUGGCAAAAAUUUAGUGUCUCUUGACACCACAACUGCCACUGCGACAGUUCGGCAAGAUGGAACAAUUUGGCUGGAACCAGAAGUGCUCUUUUCAGGGCCUCGGCAAGCAUUUGAAUUUCCUCAAAUUAACUAUCAGAACUUUAGUGGAAAGGACUACACAUAUACUUAUGGACUGGGAUUGAACCAUUUUAUUCCAGACAAGAUAUACAAGUUGAACAUGAAAACUAAAGAGCACUGGUUAUGGCAGGAACCUGAUACAUAUCCAUCAGAACCAAUCUUUGUUCCACGUCCAGAUGCAAUGGAUGAAGAUGAUGGCGUGUUACUGACUUCAGUUGUAAGCCCAGGUUCAGGACAAAAACCUGCUUUCCUUUUGAUUCUUGAUGCCAAGGAUCUCCAUGAAAUAGCUCGGGCAGAAGUGGAGACCAACAUCCCGGUUACCUUCCACGGAAUGUACAAACCAUAA